AGGAGAGAAAGAGAGAACCUCACCUCCUCAAACAGCGAGUGAGGUAGAGGAAAAAAGACACAGAAAGCGGCACAGAGAGAGCGCGCGAGGAAGAGGAGAGGCUGUGGAGUAAACGGAAAGACAACAGCGGCUUGGACCUCCAGCAGAGGAGUGUUUAAUUGUCUGCAGCUUUAUUGUAAAGUGUCUCAUUUCCACGCAGAUUUCGACAUGUCAUCGUCCGGUAAAGACAACAGCGGUGCCCAACACGCCAAUUACGUGGGACCUUACCGUUUGGAGAAGACGCUCGGGAAAGGACAGACAGGGUUGGUCAAGCUGGGAAUCCACUGUGUAACAUGCCAGAAAGUCGCCAUAAAGAUUGUCAAUCGUGAGAAACUCAGCGAGUCAGUACUAAUGAAGGUGGAGCGAGAAAUAGCUAUUCUGAAGCUCAUAGAACACCCGCAUGUUUUAAAGCUACAUGACGUCUACGAAAAUAAAAAAUACUUGUACCUUGUGCUAGAACAUGUGUCUGGUGGUGAGCUGUUUGACUACUUGGUGAAGAAAGGCAGGUUAACACCUAAAGAGGCCAGGAAAUUCUUCAGACAGAUCAUGUCUGCCCUGGAUUUUUGCCACAGUCAUUCCAUAUGCCACAGGGAUCUGAAGCCUGAGAACCUGUUGCUAGAUGAAAAGAACAACAUAAGGAUAGCAGACUUCGGCAUGGCUUCGCUUCAGGUUGGAGACAGUCUGCUGGAAACCAGCUGCGGAUCUCCACACUACGCUUGUCCAGAGGUCAUCAGGGGAGAGAAGUAUGACGGGAGGAAAGCAGACGUCUGGAGCUGUGGGGUCAUUCUUUUUGCCCUGUUGGUGGGUGCCCUGCCGUUCGACGACGACAACCUGAGGAAUCUGCUAGAGAAGGUGAAGUUGGGAGUUUUUCACAUGCCGCACUUCAUCCCUCCAGACUGUCAGAACCUCCUCCGUGGCAUGAUUGAGGUGGAUGCCACCAAAAGACUAACGUUAGAACAGAUCCAGAAGCACACAUGGUACAUAGGAGGGAAGAACGAACCAGAGCCAGAGCAGCCGGUGCCCAGGAAGGUGACCAUCCGCAGCCUGCCCUCCGCAGACGACAUUGACCCCGACGUCCUGGACAGCAUGCACUCCCUGGGCUGCUUCAGAGACAAAAACAAACUCCUGAAAGACCUGCUUUCAGAUGAUGACAACCAAGAAAAGAUGAUCUACUUCCUGUUACUGGACCGUAAGGAAAGAUACCCCAGUCAGGAGGACCAGAACCUUCCCCCUCGCAACGAGAUUGAUCCCCCAAGGAAGCGGGUGGACUCUCCAAUGUUGAACCGUCACGGCAAGAGGAGACCGGAGAGGAAGUCCAUGGAGGUCCUCAGUGUCACAGACGGAGGUUCACCUGUACCGGCACGGAGGGCUAUCGACAUGACACAGCAUGGACAGAGGUCGCGGUCUAUUAGUGGAGCCUCCUCUGGCCUCUCUACAAGCCCCCUCAGCAGCCCACGGGUUACCCCUCACCCCUCCCCUCGAGGCAGCCCCCUCCCCACCCCAAAGGGCACCCCGGUUCACACUCCUAAGGACAGCCCAGCCGGGACCCCUACCCCAACGCCACCCCCCAGCCCUUCCAUCGGAGGCAUGCCUUGGAGGACGCGCCUCAACUCCAUCAAAAACAGCUUCCUUGGCUCUCCACGCUUCCACCGCAGGAAACUCCAAGGUACUCACAUCACAGCAGGGUUAUUAUCUUGUGUUAAUUUCAUCCCUCCCAAAAUUUUACUGUACCCACUGACCUUUGUCCCUGCUCCCACAGUUCCCACACAAGAGGAGAUGUCCAGCCUCACACCAGAGUCUUCCCCAGAACUUGCCAAAAAAUCCUGGUUUGGUAACUUCAUCAACCUGGAAAAAGAGGAGCAGAUCUUCAUUGUCAUCAGAGACAAGCCUCUUAGCUCCAUCAAGGCAGACAUUGUGCAAGCCUUUCUCUCGAUCCCGAGCCUGAGCCACAGUGUGAUCUCUCAAACCAGUUUCCGUGCAGAGUACAAGUCCACAGCCGGCCCUACAGUCUUCCAGAAGCCGGUCAAAUUCCAGGUGGAUAUCACCUACACGGAGAGCACAGCUGCCACCAAGGAGAAUGGCAUCUACUCUGUCACCUUCACCCUGCUCUCAGGACCCAGCCGGCGCUUUAAGCGAGUAGUUGAGACGAUUCAGAGCCAGUUGUUAAGCACACAUGACCAGCCAGGGGUCCAACAGCUGUCUGACGAGAAGAACGGACAGGUGCCCUACCCCUCUGGCACGCCCACCAAGCGCUGCCCUUCGCCCAUGCACGUCCGGAGGCACGAGCCGGAAAAUAAUGACACCAAAUGCCCCGUCGCGGGCAGAGACAGAGCCAAGUUGGCGGUGGCGUCAUUGGGGACACAGGAGGAGUCUUAAGACGCUAUGUAGUCGAGCCAGUGCUAAAAACCCAUCCCAGUAUCAUUAUAAGCCACAGAGAGAAUAUUCUGUCUGUACAUAGCUAGAUGUACAUAAUCAUUUAUGGACAUUUUUUUGUAUAAAAUAACUUUAUAUAGAUAGAAAUAUAUUAAGAGAAUCAAACUGCUAUUUUGCAAACAGCAUACUGCACCUACAUGACAAACACACGCCCCCCCUUUCCAUUACCCCAUCAGUGUCCACCAUCAUCAUCCACCCCACUCCCCAACCAUCUACUCGCUUGUGGCUCUGUUUAUUGCUCCCUCGCUGCUAACCUGUGUGAUGACCUGACUUGUUUCUGAUACCAGGAAUUAUCCAGAAAACCUAUUAAGCCCCUCCUCCUGCUCCUUCAACCCCUUCCACCCCCCUCCCCCGGAGCGUGCCGAGAGACGGACAAUUGUUGACGGAGGACUGCUUUUAGAGGUGUGCUGGAAAGAAAAGGGGGGGGUGGGUGGUUACCAUGGAAACAGACCCUUCAUGCAGACUUCUACCUUUAUCUCCCUCUGCACCCUGUCUCCACCUCUGGCAACCAUCAGUAGAAGUAGAUGAAAAUACCUUUAGUGCCCCCCCCCUUCUCCUGCUUAGGAACACACAUACACACACACACACACACACACACACACACACGUGCACAACACAAACCCCAAUGAGACGCACUCCCCUCACCGAUCGGCCCCCUUUUUUCCUUUUGAGGAGCAUUCAUCAAUUGGGAACAUUUACAAUAACACACUGCAUAUACAAAAUAUGUACAUGCAUACAUGCACAGGUCCAGUAUGCACAGAAAACUCUGGGAUGUAUUAACACGAACAACAACAAAAAAAAAAGAAGACCGACUGAUUCAGAGGAGGAGAGAAGGGGGAGGAGUUUUGUGGAAAGCCCAAACAGCUGACGCAGAUGCUUGCUGGAUUGUAUUUGUUUGCUUUUUAAUGUACUUUCUUUGUGAAGAACUGGGUUUAACAUACUUAACUGACUUUAUUAGACUUGAUACUAUUGCUGCAAAUGGACUGGAAUUGUGAUUUCAGAGAGGAGCUGGGUGUGAGCAGAACA